AUGUGGAUGUGCAACAGUCACUUGGACUACCGCAUCCUGCAAAAAGCAACAUUCUCUGUUGUCUUGGACAAAUUUAUACGCACAUUGGUUCCAGCUGGGUAUGUGGUUGUUGCAGUUGAUGUACGAGGCACUGGCGCCUCAUAUGGCAACAGAACGACUGAUUUAUCUAGUGUAGAAGUGGAUGAUUACAAGGAGGUGUUGGACUGGGUACGCCAGCAACAUUGGUAUAAUGGUCGUGUUGGAGCGGCAGGUGUUAGCUAUGAUGGCCUUGCUGCUGGUUUGCUUGCAUCGCAUGGUGGUGUAGAUGCCGUUGGUAUGAUGUUCUCACCAGUGCAAUUCGCGAAAGAUGCACAAGCUCCUGGUGGUGUUCUGAGCACAAUGUUUUACAAGUCGUUCACUAUUUUCACAAAGGCGGACGAGCAGGACAGAAGAGUGACUGAGGAAGAGUAUGCACUGCCGAUGUCAAUCUCAUUCCUCCUUAGCUAUGUUUUUGGCAAGGUUGUUGCUAUCCCUGGACAUGACAAGAGUGAGGCCGUGGCACAGCACUCUGCCAACUGGGAUGUAGUAGAGACUUUGGAAGACUUCGAUGGCUUUGCUAGCAUGAUUAAAAUGAAUGAUAGUGGCAAUGAAGUCCCGUUUGCCAAUGUUGGCUUUACAGAUGCAGUGUUCGCCAAACUAGCACAGUCCAAUGUCUCUAUUACGACCUAUGCUGGUUACUGGGAUCGUGCAUCAUUACGUAGCUCUUUGCGGCUUCAUCAAGACGUAGGAGGCAGUGGAAGAGCGCGUGUUGUAGCUGGUCCUUGGGUGCACGGUGGUCUGACUUGCUUCACAUCGCACUCCCCUGGGCAUGGUACCAGCUUUCCUCUUCACCAGGAUCUCCUUCAUUUCUUUGAUUGUCAUCUGAAAGGCAAGUGUGAUGCUCUGCAGAAACACAAGGAAACGUUCCACUAUUUUCGAAUGGGUGAUGAAAAGUGA